AGCGUCUGUGUUCCUGCUCUUCUGUGCGCUGUCCCAGGUCUGGACCAAAGGGUGUCACAAGGACCCAUCCAAGGCAGUGGAUGAAGAUUUGUUUUCCUGUGAACGCCAAGUCUGCCAUGAGGCUCCAGAUCCUCCUCCUCCCUGUGUCCCUCCACGGGAUGGUGGUGUUUCUGUUUGUUCUGGGAAGCUUCAAAAUACGUGAUGGGAUGGACGAAAUCGACCAGUGCUGGGUACAUCCUCCAAAACGGUUUUGUGGGAAAAGGUGCACAAGGGUGUACGAAUGCGUGACACCAAACCACACAUGCUGCUGGACAUACUGCGGGAACAUCUGCUUGGACAACGGAGAACCCUUUAAAACACUGAUGAAACUCUAGUUUCUAUGUGGCCCAUCGCUGGUGUGGAUUGGGACAUGACUGUGUCUGAGAGCUACCUGAUCUCCUAUUGGGUCACUCAGUUCAUCUGGGACCUUUCUGCUCCCUUCUUGAUGCCUUCCCUCAGAGAAAGUCCAAGAUUUUGCCAAAUAAACGGAUGCAUCAGCACGAGGCUCUGUGGGAAAGCCUUAACAGUUGCUGCCGUACCACCGCUGACACAGACACAAUUCUGACU